AGCAAUAAAAGCAGUAUCUCAACCAGACGCUCUUCCUCGUCAACAGCUAGUUCAUCGAGUGAUACCGCUACUCAUCAACCCUCCCGCAUUUCGAAAGAUUUCCCAACUCCAGGCAAUAUACUCCAUUACGUUGCCCGUCUCAAUCACAAUAAUACCACUCCAAAUGGCAAUAGUUCCGAUCGAACACACUCAAAUGAUGAUUUGGAAGGUUCGGGUGAGUUGGAAUCGCCGCCUGAGUUGCCACUCGCUUCAAAGCUCGUGCAAACGCAAUCCGAACGGAAGAGGCGUAAUCCAAGAGCAGAGGAUGAUGGUAUCAACAUAGUUGACGUUGAUGUAUCUACACCUCAACUCAAUAUCGUCGAUGAACAACUCGAUUUCCCCGAUAUCUCCACACCUCCGAGUACAUCUCCGAUCGGAACCCAUCGACAGCCGGUAUGUGUACCGUUGGCUGGAGUAUGGGCCUUAUCCGGCGUUUCGGUCGUUUCCGUAAUUGCAGCCAUCGGUGCCGUUUAUCAUGUCAGACUUUCACGAAGGAAACUGCUGCCUUUGUAUUGA